AUGGCAUCAAAUUUGAUGAAAAUGGUAAAGUUCAAUAACGGUCAGUUAUAUCCAAUCUUAGGUUUGGGAACUUGGCAGGCAUCAGCAAUCAUUGAUGACUCUCAACAACUCAUCAAUUCUAUAAAAAAUGCAAUUGACAUAGGAUAUCGUCAUUUUGACUGUGCUGCCAUUUAUAACAAUGAAAAAUUGUUGGGAAAGGCUAUAAAUGAUAAAAUUUUAGAGGGUGUUAUUAAAAGAGAUGAACUAUUUAUUACUAGUAAGCUUUGGAAUGAUAAGCAUAGAUCUGAGCUGGUAGAAGAAGCAUUGAAGAAUACUUUGAAUGAUUUAUGUUUGAGUUAUGUAGAUUUAUAUCUUAUCCAUUGGCCUUUUGGAAUUAGUGAAGAUUCUAAUGCUACUGACAGCGAAGGUCGGUUAUUAAGUUCUGGUAUCUCUUAUUUAGAAACUUGGAAAGCUAUGGAAGCAUGUGUUCAAAAAGGUCUCACAAAAUCAAUUGGAGUGUCAAAUUUCAAUAUUAAACAGUUAAAAGAUAUUUUAGAAAUAGCUACUAUUAAACCAGUUGUUAAUCAGGUUGAGUGCCAUCCUUAUUUAACACAAAAUAAACUGAAGGAGUUUUGUGAAAGUAAUGGUAUACUACUAACUGGUUAUGCGCCAUUAGGGUCAGCAAAAAGAUCAUGGGCAGGACCUGAAGAAGAUGCUAUUUUAGACGAACCUAUUGUAAAACAAUUAGCUGAUAAGUAUAAGAAAACCAAUGCUCAAAUAUUAAUAAAGUUCCAAAUCCAAAGAGGUGUUAUAGUGAUUCCAAAGUCAUCCAAUCCAGAGAGGCAGAAAGAAAAUUUUGAUGUCUGGGAUUUUGAGUUAACUACAGAAGAUAUAGGUCUACUCGAGUCCUUGAACAAAAAUGCUCGUUAUUUUGAAUUCAACACUGCAAAACAUUUGAAAGACCACCCGUUCCUCGAUGAAGCCUAA